GACAUUUAAAAAUUCGAUAACAAAAUGACGUGGAGUAUCAGGUUAGAAGUUUGUUUUAGCUCGUAUUUACAAAUAUUUUGAGAGAAAUAAAUAGUAAAUGCAUACAAUAUAACCGCCAAGAUAGUAAACUAUCCAAAAUGAUUGAGAUAUCCGACACCCAGAAGAUUGGUGUUGGUCUGGCCGGGUUUGGAAUGACAUUCCUCUUCCUCGGUGUAUUAUUGUUAUUUGAUAAAGGCUUACUGGCUAUUGGUAAUAUUCUAUUCAUAAGUGGACUAGCAUGUGUCAUUGGGCUACAAAGGACGUUCUUCUUUUUCUUUCAACGGCACAAAAUUAAAGCGUCCGUGGCUUUCUUUGGAGGCAUUAUUGUUGUGUUACUUGGCUGGCCGAUGUUUGGCAUGAUCGCUGAGAUAUACGGGUUUUUGUUAUUAUUUAGGGGUUUCUUACCAGCAGCAAUUAAUUUCCUAAGAAUGGUGCCAGUAUUAGGGUCUCUCCUGAGCUUACCUAUAAUUCGAGGGGUCGUAGACAGGAUAGCUGGCGACACUGGCCGAAAUAUGGAUGGCCCAUCGUAAAGCGGGAACUGCAAUGAAGAAUUAUUAUUUUAUUAAACGAAAAUGUUCCUAA